AGUCAAUUGAAUAGAAUGGGGUGGUCGCGAUCAAGCCGCAUCAUCGAAUUUGGUCGGGCGACGGGCAUGAUCGCCGAAGGAGGAAGUGCGACGUCGCCGCCGCCGGCGCCGGCGGCCAUGGCCCACGCCAGCAGCUCCAUGAGCGACGUCUCUUCCGCGGCCGGCGAGCAGGAGUACGUGCUCAAGGUCGUCCUCAUCGGCGACUCGGGCGUCGGCAAGAGCAACCUCGUCCAGCGCUUCACCAAGAACAAGUACAACGAGGCGAGCACGCAGACCAUCGGCUUCGAGUUUGCGGCCAAGACCAUCCGCGUCGGCGACCGCCGCAUCAAGGCGCAGAUCUGGGACACGGCCGGCCAGGAGCGGUUCCAGUCGCUCACGGCCGCCUACUACCGCAACGCCGUCGGCGCGCUCAUUGUCUACGACAUUACGAACCGCGCGUCGUUCGAGCACGUCACGCACUGGCUCGCGCAGAUCCACGAGCACGCGCAUGAGAACGUGGUCCUGAUCCUUGUCGGCAACAAGUGCGACCUGGCCCACCGCCCCAACACGCGGCAAGUGUCGACGCUCGAGGCCGCGCGGUUCGCCGAGACGCACCACAUGGAGUUUGUCGAGGCGUCGGCGCUCGACUCGACCAACGUCGUCGAGGCCUUCAAGCGCAUCAUUGUGCCCGUCGGUCGGCUGCUCAUGCCGACCAACACCAACUCGACGCCGCGGUUACCGCCGGGGUGGCGGCGCGUGCUCUCGCGCACACGACCGGGCGAGUACUCGUACGAGAACCAGUACACGAAGGAGCGGCUGGCGUUCGCGCCAAAGGAAGCCGCCAAGCCGUCGCAGUACAGCUUCCAGCAUGCGGCGCGCAGUGCGAGUGCAAGCGGCAGCAACAAGAGUCUCCAGGGCCCCGCGGGCGUCACGGUCACGAAGGAGGCGUUGGAGCGCCAGCAUCAAAAGGCGUUUUUGGCCCAGCAGUCCGCGUCGCCCAACUGCACGUCGCUCUUCUCGGGCGCGUGCUGCACGAUCCUCUAAGAUUUUUCUAAUAUAAACCC